CAUUUCCUGGGCUGAGACUCACUUCUAUAAAGUGAAAGUCGUGUUGGAUUGUGUGGAUUUAUAUUUUGUAAUUUUUUCCCUGCACAGAUUGUCCCUGUUUUACACCUGCACCCGGUGCCCGGGCCCCCAGGAGGCGAGCCCCUCCCCCCCACAGCACUUUUAUCUUAGGGGGGUCGCAGGAAGACAACCCCCCUCUGCAAAAUCUCCUGCUAUGGCACAUGGUUAUGAGCUUUAGAGUGUCCGAACUACAAGUUCUCCUAGGCUUCGCCGGCAGGAAUAAGAGCGGACGAAAACACGAGCUCCUCAGCAAGGCCCUCCAUCUGGUAAAGUCUGGCUGUAAUCCCACCAUCCUGAUGAAGAUCAAAGAGCUUUACCGUAGGAGAUUCCCCCGUAAGGUCCUGAACACUGCAGAAUUAACAAUGUUGCACAUGCAGACUGGAGCGCUGCCCAACGCUGGCUCGCUAACGCAAGGAGCCGUGUGCCACCUGGGAUAUGACACCGGCGCCAUCUCGGGCUCGGUGCCGCCUUCUAUGUUGCCGCCUAUACCCAUGUUGGGCCCCAAACAUGAAACGGACAUUCAGCACCUCUCCCCGCCCAUUCACCCUGUACAUCCGGACGUCAAGAUGAAGAGGCUCCCCUUCUACGACGUCUAUGAUGAACUUAUCAAACCCACCACGUUGGCCUCAACGAACACCCAGCGGUUUGAAGAGGCCCAUUUUAACUUUGCCCUGACCCCACAACAAGUCCAUCAAAUCCUCACAUCCAGAGAUAUAUUACCUGGCGCUAAAUGCGAUUACACAGUCCAGGUGCAACUGAGGUUCUGCCUGUGUGAGACCAGCUGUCCUCAGGAAGAUUAUUUCCCUCCCAACCUGUUUGUGAAAGUGAACGGGAAGCUCUGCCCUUUGCCAGGUUACCUCCCCCCCACCAAGAACGGAGCGGAGCCAAAGAGGCCGAGUAGACCCAUCAACAUCUCCCCGCUCAUCCGUCUGUCAUCCACAGUCCCCAACACUAUUGUCGUUAACUGGUCAUCGGAGUUCGGCAGGAAUUACUCUCUGUCCGUCUACCUGGUCAAACAGCUGACGUCCGUCACCCUGCUGCAGAAACUGCGGGCGAAAGGCAUCCGUAACCCAGACCAUUCCCGAGCGCUGAUAAAAGAAAAGCUGACGGCAGAUCCAGACAGCGAGAUCGCAACCACCAGCUUGCGGGUCUCUCUGAUGUGUCCGCUGGGGAAGAUGCGUCUGACUGUGCCCUGCAGAGCCAUCACGUGCACCCACCUCCAGUGCUUUGACGCAGCCCUGUAUCUUCAGAUGAACGAGAAGAAACCAACAUGGACGUGUCCGGUGUGCGAUAAGAAGGCGCCGUACGAUAUGUUAAUUAUAGAUGGCCUCUUCAUGGAAAUCCUGAACUCCUGCACAGACUGCGAUGAGAUCCAGUUCAUGGAAGACGGGUCCUGGUGUCCCAUGAAGCCUAAGAAGGAGAAACUGGACAUGUCUUCAUCGUAUGGUGGGCUUGACGCCACUACCAUCUACAACCUCAGCUCCGACCUCAAGCACAGUACAGAGACCAAGAAGAGGGUGGAAGUCAUAGACUUGACCUUGGAUAGUUCAUCGGAUGAAGACGAGCCCGCAGCCAAGAGGCAGUGUCCCGUCACGUCGGCGACUAGUCCCUCCCUCGGAUCCAAAGGGGUGAUCAGCGUUGACCAUCAAACGUCGUCUGUUCUGAGAAGCCCGCCAUUGACGACAAUAGGCAACGAUUACCUGUCCGGCCUUCCUAUCCCCGAUUACCACCGAUCUUUUGCAGUUCCAGGUGACCUUCAAGGUCUCGAUUUGUUUUCCUUUCUUCAGACAACUGAUAAUCAGCAUUACAGCCCAUCCGUCAUCACCUCCUUGGAUGAGCAGGAUGCCCUGAGCCACUUCUUCCAGUACCGGGGUCCUACAUCCCAAUACAUGAGCCCGCUCAGCCAGGUGCUGUCCGGAUCCCACGCGGUCACCAACAGCAGCAGCCGAAUAAGCAGCAUCGUAUCCACCAGCACAAUACGGGACAGCCACGGACACAGCGGCUCCCAGAACUCAUCAUCCGCACUGCCAGGGUGCAGACCGGACAUUAUAUCCUUGGACUGACCGGAAGCGGAGUAACAGGGAUCCUGGCGUUGGGACUUGGCAGCGACGCCCGGUGUACAUAAACCAUGACACUUUCUUCGGCUCUAUUUAAAGUAACAAAACCCCUUC